ACUCACAUCAACCGUAGAACAUGAUGCAAUAUAUUUUUACAUUUUUGCUUUUCUGCUUCAUAUUACCGCAUGAGAUUCAUUCGAGUUAUAAGCAAUUAUGGUCAGCAUGGAAAUCUCGCUAUCAUAAACAAUAUUUAAAUCAAACGGAAGAACAUAUUCGCCAGCGAAUUUGGCAUAAAAAUCUUGUCAAAAUUCAUUUACAUAAUUUACGUUAUGAUUUAGGUUUGGAAACAUAUUCUAUUGGAUUAAGUCGUUUUACUGAUAUGCAAUGGGAUGAAGUGUAUGCCAGGUAUCAUCAAGCGAAUAAGCCAUUGAUACUGCCUGAAUCCAUGAUCAUUGAAGAAGAUAGUGUCAACGGUGAUGAUGUCGAUGUGAACAAUGUCGGUUGGACACCGGAUUCAUAUGAUUGGCGUCAUUUAAAUGUAGUGAAUGAACCAAGAGAUGAAGGUUCUUGUAUUGGUUCAUAUGCAUUCGCUGUCACAGCUGUCACUGAAUCACAAUAUGCACUGCGUACAUCAAAUCGAAAAAAUUUAUCUGUACAACAAUUUAUUGAUUGUACACGUAUUUAUGGUAAUAUGGGUUGUCAUGGCGGCUAUACAUUCACCUUGUUUAUUUAUUUACAAAAUUUUGGUUUGGAAACUGAAGAAAAGUAUCCAUUUACUGGUGCGGAUCAAGAUUGUUUAGCGAAUAGUUCCGAUGUUGUAAUUCAAUCGAUCGGUUUUAAAUUUCAUCGACAUGGUUAUGAAACAAUUUUAAAAUGGGCAUUAUACAAUGAAGGUCCAUAUGUUAUAUCAAUGAAUAUUGAUGAGAAAUUUUUACAUUACAAGUCAGGCAUCUAUCAAUCUGAUACAUGUACACAUUAUAAUUUAAAUCAAAGUAUGUUACUUGUUGGUUAUGGUUAUGAUAAUGAUGGUAUCGAUUAUUGGAUAUUACAAAAUAAUUGGGGAAAAAAUUGGGGUGAACAAGGUUAUGUGAAAGUAUUGCGUAACAAUUGGAAUAUGUGCGGUAUUGCUUCAAUGGCAUUUCGACCAAUAUUGAGAGGUUUUUAAUUCAAUUUCCAUUACAUUUUUAACAAUUCAUUUGUACUACUUUAAUGGUUAAUUAAGUAGUCAAUAAAUUUUGAUGAAUAAUUUUUC